GUUGGCCGGAGGGUCCAGAGUGCGCGCGCGUGCGGAGCAGAAGUGCAGAAGUCUCUGUCCGGGUACCUCUCUCACCUCCACGCGCCAAUGUCUCUACAAACUAAAGCGCUGGUGUCGGUCCGGUGGCUCACCGAGACGCUGCGCGCUCCUGGCUCCAAUGUGCGCGUGCUGGACGCCUCGUGGUUCCUGCCCAAGCUCCGGAGAAACGCCAAGAGCGAGUUCCGGGCUCGCCACAUCCCGCGCGCCUCCUUCUUCGACCUAGACAGGUGUAGUGACCGCAGCUCGCCGCUCGACCACAUGCUGCCCCCGGCCCCGGUGUUCGCCGAGUUCGCCAGCAGGCUGGGCGUGUGCCCGGACUCUCACGUGGUCGUGUACGACCGCAGCGAGCACGGAGCCUUCUCGUCCCCGCGCGCCUGGUGGAUGUUCCGGGUGUUCGGGCACGCGUCCGUAUCUGUGCUGGACGGGGGUCUGGAGGCCUGGAUCAGAGAGGGGCAGCCGGUGGAGGAGGGUAAAGCACUAAAGCACGAGCCCACGGAGUUCACUGCCAAGCUUAACCGCGCGUGGGUCAAAACUUACGAGGACAUCGUGGACAACGUGGAGAGCAAGACGUUCCAGGUGGUGGACGCACGGCCUGCUGGGAGAUUCAGGGGGACUGACCCGGAGCCCAGAGACAACACUGAACCCGGACAUAUUCCUGGCUCUAUAAAUAUUCCCUUCACUUCUUUCCUGGCUUCCUCCGGGCUUUUUCUUCCUCCGGAUCAACUGAAGGCUAUAUUUCAGAAAGCUGGAGUGGACCUGCAGAAGCCAUUGUGUGUGACCUGUGGAUCGGCCGUCACCGCGUGCCUCACUGCCCUCGCAGCCUACCAGUGCGGCCACGAUGAAGUGUCUGUGUACGAUGGUGGCUGGAUGGAGUGGUACACAAGAGCGGCUCCUGAGGAUGUGAUCUCAGAGGGGCGGGGAAAACAUAGGUGAUGGACUUGAAGUAAAGAACUGGAAAUGUGUCCACUGAUGAGGUGCUGCUCCUUGUGCCAUUCAGGGAAACAGCAAAUGGUUUUUAAAGUGAUAGUUCAGCCAAAUCAAAUUUACAUGUUGGAAAUAUAAACAUUUAGUAAUGAGAUUGCUGCCCAUUUAGACAUGAGUAAAUGGGAUGCAGAAACUGCCAAUGUUUGUUGUUAUUUGGAACAAAAUGAAGUAAAUGUGUGUUUUUCACGACACUUUUCAACUCUUUGUGUAGCUUUUGUCCUUGGGGCCUUUAGCCUUUAGUGUCCAUUCCAUUGAUGGAAUGUAAAUUAACUGGUUAGAUAGCUUUUUACUGGUUUAAGUCUGCUGCAAGAGGAUUUACAGCACAUGCAUGUUUUCAUUGCCCAUAUUAAAACAUAUCACCUGGUAGAGCAUUACUGGUUGAGCUAGAAUAUAUUUUCUGUAUAAAUGAUGCCAAACUUUUAUUCUUGUUAGAUGCCCUGUAUUUUUAUAAAAUCUAAUUAGCGCACAAGCUCCUGCAGAGUGCUGUUUGGAUCUGAAUAUCUAUAAAUUCCGGUCAUUGUUACAUUGCCUUUGUUACAUCUAAAAUAAAUGGCCAAAAAUGAUGCAAAAUAUGAACUAGGGAAUAUGAAAUUCAACUCAAAAUAACAUUUAUUUUCUUUAAACCAAGAAAAAAACUCUUUAUAAUCAUUUUGUAAAAUGAAACAAAAAUAGUUCCACAAUUAUUAAGACGAAUAGCAAAACUCAGACACCAAACAUGUCUUUCCCCAUCAACUAAACUUAAGUUAUUGAAUAAUGAGGUUUGGCUGAACUAUUCCUUUAAGAACCAAGUAAACAAAGGAACAAAGUCCGAACUGUUCCAGAACAUGAGAACCUUAUAACUCUUUCUUUUUCUUUACACUGAAAGCUUGAUGCCUUGCUGUUCUUGUUCUGUGAGCUUCCCUAGAAACACUAAUGUAUUUUAAUUUGAUGAUGAAGCUGUUAAGACCAAAGCCUUUCUGCAAGCAAACCCUGACCUGUGAACCAAAGAGCAGAGAGAUUAGAGCUCUGGCUCCUGUUGCUCGGUGUCUUACAUCUUAUCUCUCUUUCAUUUUUUCUCUUUUUUUCUUUCUCUUGAGUCCCUUUAUCUUGACUGUUUUAAUCUGCAGUUGUUCCAUUGUUUCAUGAUUGAUUGAUUAACUGAUUGAUUUAGGAUAAUGAUUCACCUUGAUUUGGAUAGGUGUUUGCUUUCUUAUUAGAUGCUGAAUUAGUUAUGGAUGAUUCAUAUAAAUAUUAUUUAUAUUGGUAUUGGAGAUAACUGCCAAACCAACACAAACAAACACAACACAUUUAGACCAAAUAUGUCUAGAUUAUAGUUUAUAGAAAACAGAAACUGGAAUAUUUGUACAUAUCAAUAUUAGAUGUCAGCUCACAUCUCUCAUAUCAUUGCAUACGUUUACUUAAUUUAAUUUACCCCAUUAUGGUCUAAAAGAAAUUACUGAAGACCAACAUUUUAUGUCAGUGUGAUGUUAUUAAAUCAAAUCAAAUUAAUUAAAUCCAUCACUUUUCCAGUGUAAUGGCACUGAUUUGGGGAUUUAUAUGGUUUUAAUAAAUGCAAUAAAAAGUCCAUAAAGACAAUAUUCUGGCAUACAAAGACAGUCCAUAAGACAAAUAUUUACCUUCUCUGGUGAAGAAGAAAACUUGGACUACACAGCAUUUUGACUGGAGAUUUCUUAUUGAAAGAAUAUACUACUACAAGACAUGGUCCCUAUUUGGGAAACCAACCCAUUGUGUUUUAAAGUCAGUUAAAAUCAUCAACUGUCUUUAUUGACACAGAAGUAUAUCUGUAGACAUAUGAAUAGUGCAGUUGCUGUGGCCUAAAGUGCCUUCUCACUGGGAGUUCAGUUCCCUAAUUGGAGCAGUGAGACCAGCCCAAACCACCCCAAAACCUCAGGGCAUGAUAACAGAGUUUAGUGUUUUAUCUUGCUCGGGAAUAUGUACAGGCCUAAAUAGAUACCAGCCACUGAAAUGGGUGCAACCCACACACACACAUUCCUUUUCUCUUUAUCGCUCUCUGAAAACAGCAGUUUUUACAAAGCUGUAGAUGUUGCACAUUAUAUUUAAUUGGAUUUUAAAAUGUAUGUACACACAAUGAUUUUUUGUGAAUAAAACACUGCAUUUUUAUGCUGGUUUUAAUAAGAAUUAUAGUUGCAGCUAUGUUUUUUUUUAAACAAGAAGACAAAAUAUUCACCUGCUGCGUUAGAUUCGAUUUCCCUCUACAUCUCAAAAAAAUUGAAUAUAAUUGAAAAGUUACUUUAUUUCAGUGAUUUAUUUCAAAAUGUGAAACUUGUACAUUAUAUAAAUGUUACUCUCAGAGUAAUCUGUUUAAGCGUUUAUUUAUUUUAUUGUUGUUGAUUAUGGUUUACAGCCAAUGAAAACGCAAAAAUCAGUGUCUCAGAAAAUGUUUAAUAUUAUAAACUGUAAGACCAAUUGUUUUUUUGGGCAGUGUGCCAAGUCCUGCUGGAAAAUGAAAUCCACAUCUCCAUUAAAGUUGUCAGCAGAGGGAAGCAUGAAGUGCUGUAAAAUCUCCUGGUAGACGCUGUGCUCAUUUUGAAUAUAACACAGUGGACCAACACCAGCAGAUGACACGGCUAUACAAACCAUCACUGAAAAUGAAUACAUUUUGCAUUUUCUUUGUAAAUCAAGGGAUCAGGAAGAGUGGAAAGUCCAAACUGCUUGAGGUCUGAGUUUCCACAAUCAGUGAUGGAUAGGAGAGACAUGUCACCUCAUCAACAAUAAAAUACAUUUAUGCUUAAAAUAGAUCACUCUGUAUCUAUAUAAUUCACAUUUUCUAAAAUAAAGUAACUUUUUAAUGAUCUUCUAAUGUUUUGAGAUGCACUGGUAUAUCUGUUUGCUUUGUUUUUAAUUAGGUAAAAUCCCAGGCACAGAUCAGUAAUCAUUAUUAUUGAUAUUGGUUGAUAUAUGAUUAUAUUAUAAUGACAUCACUUGUCUCUAGCUUGUAGUCUAACUGGGCACUUGAAUUAACCAAUCAAACCCUCGCAUAAAUCCAGAUUUGCGAUAGUAGAGCUCUUGACAUCAGUGCUUCAAUAAAUGCA